AUGAAAAAAUAUCAUUCUCAUCGUCAUAGUAUUGAUAAUGCAAGUUCAUCGGAUUCUUCUCAAAAUUCACAUUCAAUAAAUAAAGAUCAAUCUGAAUGUCAUCAACGAAAUAAUCAUAAUAGUAGUUUAAUUCGACAUAAUGAAUUAGUUCGAUCAGCAAGUAAACUAGCUCCUCGAAAACGACCGAAAAAAAAAUCUACUAAUUAUUAUCCAACAGAAAAUGUAUUAACAUCCGCUCAUAUUAUGAUAAUACGUAUUAUAUUAUUAUUAAUUAUAUUUUUAAUAUUUUAUUAUACAUUUAUUUUUAUGUAUUCAAAACCUAAACAAACUCGAUUAGGACGAUUUUGGUCUAUGAUAAUUAAUUGGCUUAUGGGAGAAUAA